AAGCCAAGCCAUAAUGGAAUCCAUGGAAGCCGGCUUGGAUCUAACUCUAGCCAUAGCCACCAAAUCCGGCUUCCUCGCCGGCGCGGCUAACCAGCUCCCCCUCGCCGGCAUCCUCUUCCUUUCUGUACUCACCUUCGUCACCAUCUUCUUCAUCCACUGGGCCACUCCCGGCGGCUCGGCUUGGUCCAAGCUAAGAUUCCACAACCGCAAGCCGAUACCUGGCCCAAGAGGCUUCCCUCUCAUCGGCAGCAUGAGCCUCAUGCACGGCUUGGCUCACCGGAAGCUCGCCGCCAAAGCCAAAGCUCACAAAGCCGAGAGAUUAAUGGCUUUCAGUCUUGGCAACACUAGAGUCGUCAUAACUUCAAACCCAGACGUGGCUAAAGAGAUCUUAAACAGCUCGGCUUUCGUUGAUCGACCAGCUAAGUACUCGGCUCACGCGCUGAUGUUCCACCGCGCCAUCGGCUUCGCGCCGUUCGGCUCCUACUGGCGCGCGCUGCGCCGCAUAGCCGCCACCCACUUGUUCUCUCCCAAACAAAUCGCCGCAUCCUCGCCGCGUCGCAAGCUAAUCGCCGAUCAAAUGGUGGCGGCGCUUCGGUGUUUGUCGUGUAGUGGUGAUAGUGUCGGCGCACGUGAGGUUGUUAAGCGUGCGGCGUUGAAUCACAUGAUGUGGUCGGUGUUUGGUCGGGGGUAUGAGAUUUUGUCGGAGAGUGAAGAGAUGAGGGAGUUAAGGGGUUUAGUCGAUGAAGCUUAUGAGUUAUUGGGCACGCUUAAUUGGUCGGACCACUUGGGUUUUUUAUCCGGAUUCGAGUUUGGGUUCGGGUUCUGGUUUGAUCCGCAAGGGAUCAGGGUUAGGUGUGCUAGGCUCGUGCCUAAAGUUAAUAGGUUUGUGAGUAGGCUCAUAGAUGAACACCGUGACGGUGCUGCCAAACUAGUUCCUGACUUUGUGGAUGUUCUCCUCUCUUUACAGUAUGAGUAUGAGGAUAGGUUGUCAGACACAGACAUGGCCGCUGUGCUUUGGGAGAUGAUAUUUCGGGGCACUGAUACUGUGGCGGUGUUGAUAGAGUGGGUAUUGGCAAGGCUAGUUAUGCACCAGGAUGUUCAAGAUGAGGUGCAUAAAGAAUUAGAUAGGGUAGUGGGGAUUCAUCGAACAGUGACAGAAAUAGAUGUUGGAUCAUUAGUGUACUUAAAUGCAGUGAUCAAAGAGGUGCUAAGACUCCACCCACCAGGGCCCUUACUCUCUUGGGCUCGGUUGGCCACUUGUGAUACACAAGUGGAUGGGAAUUAUGUCCCCGCAGGGACCACCGCUAUGGUCAAUAUGUGGGCCAUUACACAUGACCCGCAUGUGUGGGAGAGCCCUCAUAAAUUCUGUCCUAAAAGAUUUAUUGGAUCUAACUCUACUGAGUUCCAGAUUCUAGGAUCAGAUCUUCGACUUGCACCAUUUGGUUCAGGCAGGAGAAAUUGUCCAGGUAAAUCCCUAGCAAUGACUACGGUCAGUUUUUGGGUUGCUUCACUACUACAUGAGUUUGAAUGGGCUCCUCUAUCAAAUGAGACACUUGUCGAUCUAUCUGAAGUUCUCAAACUUUCCUGUGAAAUGGCUAUCCCUCUCACAGCUAGAUUAUACCCUCGUCGUGUUAUCUCCUGAGACUCUACUUUUUUUUUAAUAUUUUUGUAAAUAUUUUUCAAAAUACUUUUCUUGAUGCUUUGAAUGUUUCUCUAAUUGUAUUUUAACAAAUAGAAUAUAUGUUU